AUGCCGAUAAUGCGUGGCGGUCCUUUGAAAAAUGAUGAAUUUCAAUUUAUCAAUGUACAAUUCCGAUGGAGCUCCUACAACUCUCGUGGCGCGGAACAUUCAAUCGACAACGUUUGGUAUUCGAUGGAGGCGCAAGUUAUGCAUUGGAAUAUGCGUUAUGGUUCAAUCGACAAAUGCUAUGACAAGCCUGAUGGGAUUGCAAUACUCUCCUAUCUCAUGCAGGUCGUUGGCUGCCCUGGAAUUUCAGAUAAUCCUGCGCUCGCUCCGAUCACUGACAAGCUGUCGGAAAUAAAAUACAUGAAUAGCACUGUGAAUAUUAAGCCGGAACAAUGUGGUCAGUCACCGAUCGAUCUAAUUGACAAAAUUGUGCGUCCUAUGAGAUUUCCACCGUUAAUUAUAAACGGGCAUUGGCUAAAAGAUGGAAAUGCAACUUUGUUUAAUGACGGCGUAACAGCGCGAGUUUCUCUCAGUGGUGAUCGAAUCCCAUCGACAAUAUCCGGUGGACCGCUUAUGAAUGAUGAAUACGAAUUUUACGAUGCGCAUUUUCAUUGGGGCGAGGAAAAUUGCAGAGGUGCUGAACAUACGAUCAAUGGCACUUGGUUUUCUAUGGAAUGUCACAUGGUACAUUGGAAUCGGAAAUAUUUAACUUCAGACGAAUGUCUAAAACGUAGGGACGGUUUUUGCGUUUUAGCCUAUCUAUUUCUGGUGCAACCAGGAUCUUGUCAGUGGAAUAAUAUCAAAUUUGAAAGGAUCUCGGAAAAUUUAAAAUACAUUCAGAGCGCUGGCUCAGAGACGAAAAUUCCACCAAAUUCUCUAUCUUGGAUGCGAAUAGCAACAGAUUGUCUGCAUUAUUAUACGUAUCAUGGAUCCUAUAAUUUAGAUAAUAAUCGCUCUGAUAAUCCCGAAUGCGCCCAAUGGAUUGUGUUUCCAACCAUUAUUCCGCUACAACUGUGUCAAAUUAACGAAUUUCGGAAGUUAAAGGACAAAAAUGGUGAAUUCAUAAAAUCAAAUCGAAGGGAUAUUCAGCUUUUACGAGGGAGAAAAAUAUUUUUACAGUUACAUGAAUCCAUCAAUAAUUAUGAGCGCAAUAAAGAAAAUGUUCAAUUGAUACAAGAAUUGGCUAGCAUCGAGGGUAAAUUGGAAUCGCCGAUCGAUUUGAAUAUCGGCUAUAUGAGAGUCAUAGAACUGAAUCCUUUGCAGUGGUGCAAUUACAACGUCAUGCCGAAGAAAUUAAAACUUACCAACACCGGAUAUACUGUGAUUCUUAGUGCGAAAUGGGAAACAGAACGGCCAUGUCUGCGUGACGGUCCUUUCGCAAGCAGUUAUACUUUCUCGCAAAUCCAUUUCCACUGGGGCGAGACUAAUAUGGACGGAAGCGAACAUCGAGUUGACGGUGAAAGUAUGCCAAUGGAACUGCACGCGGUGCACUUUAAGAGUGAUUAUGAGACCCAAGAAGCGGCUCUUCGUAGAGACGACGGCGUUACAAUUUUAGUGUAUUUAUUUCAGUUACAGGCAAAUGCUAAUCCACUUCUGGAUAAUAUCUUGAGGACACUGCCUUUUGUCCAAGCAGCUCAUUCUUCUGUCCGUUUAACGCCCUUCCUCGUAACGAACAUUAUGCGAUGCUUUCAACGCGAUUACUUCGUAUACUGGGGAUCCGUGAAGAUGAUAAGUUACAGGAACAGUGUACUUUGGGUAAUAAGCAGAAAGCCGGUUGGAAUAUCCAUGGAGCAAGUUGCACAGUUCCGCACACUGUACGACGAGCGCAAAAUGCCACUUUUGAAAAAUUGUCGGCCGCUGCAAAAUAGAAGCAAUAGGAACGUCUUUCAUGUAUGUCCUAGUGGAACUACACACGCAACGCUUCUGCCCAUUCCACGUCAUUACAGUGACACAUGUAUCCAGGGACAUGUUGCUGACAAUGACAAGAAUAUAACGUGA